AUGAGGUCCAAAGCCCCCGGUGAGGGCAUCCAUCGGCGCUCCGGGCCCGGCUCCAUCCCCGUUUCCCGAACCCGGUUUGGGGGUUCUGGGGGCCGGUUCCCCUUCGGGACGCGGGGCUCCGGGAGCGGUGACCGCGAGUCCCGGGUGUUUGUCCAGCUGUUCCCGAGCAUUGUUCCCAGGGGACGGCGUCUCCCGGGGGAUGCGGGGUCGUUCAGGCCCCGAGGGCAGCGCCGGGAUAAAGGCAGCGCGGGGCCGCGGCUCCGGGAGCCCGGAGGAGAGGACAGCGGGGGAGCGCCGGGCCGGGCUGGGAAGCGGAUGGAAGUCAGGACCACGAUGAAGCUGCUCCUGCUGGGGCUGAGCCUCGUCCUGUGCGCUGGAGUCGCUGAGGCUCUUCGAUGCCACGUCUGCAAGUACAAGAUCCCCUUGGUCGGGUGCUUCGGGGGCACCAACGUGACCACCUGCGAGCGCCGGGAGAAGUGUGCCCUCAUCAAAACCACCCUGGGUGCGUUCGCUGCGGGUUUUCUUGCCUUUCCCCAUCCUCUCCUUCAGGAAGGUUCCUCCCGUCCCUGGGAAACCAAAUUGCUCCUGUGGAUGAGUGAGGAUGGGGAGACAAAGCCGCAGGGAAAGGGCGGAUGGGAGAGAUCGAGUUCAUCCUCUCCACAGAUCGCUGUCCCAACAAAGUUUGAAGAAGUCGCUUUUAAGCCAAGGGGAGACUCUCCCUUCCAAAGAAGCCGGGGGGUAGGGGCUGUCUCCGUAGGCGCAUCUCCUGAUUUUCUUUUUCUCUUAAUCAAAUCAAGCUGUGACUUGAUUUGGGGGGUACAUUUCAGAGCUUGGUUUCUCCUCAAAGCCCAAAGUCUGAUUUUUACGGUGUUUGUGGCGUUCUCGUCUCCCCUGCAGGGAAGAUGACCUUUUAUUACCAGCAGGGCUGCACCUCCGCCCUGAACUGCGGCCGGGAGCGGGCGUCGGACGCCGAGUCCCGCCUGACCUCCCGCUAUUCCUGCUGCGAGACCGACCUCUGCAACGAGGAGUGGGGCGAGGAG